UGUAGCCACACCAUCUCCUAAAAGAACACCCAUCACCAAUUUUAGUCCAAACAUAACUUAUUUUCAAACAAUUUAGGUUGAUCCUCAUUAGAUGGACUCAAAAACAUAUGAUGAGCUCCAUGGAAGCAACAAUUGGAGUGGCCUUCUUGACCCUUUAGACCUCGACCUGCGCACUCUCGUUAUUGGCUACGGUGACCUUGCAUCCGCUGCAGAACGCGCUUUUAAUAACGAUCAAGGAUCCAAGUACAAUGGCUAUUGCCAUUACGGAAAAAGCUCGUUCUUCAAAGGAGCCAUGCUCCCUUGGGCUGAUUCUAAGUACCAAGUCACUUCUUUCAUUUAUGCCACCUCUAGUAAUUUACUCAAUAAUAACCCUGAUGAACCAGGAAGUGAUCAAUUGGAUUCAAACUGGAUGGGUUACAUAGCGGUAUCUAACAAUGAGUUCAGUAAGUCCAUUGGCCGACGUGAAAUAUGUAUGGUGUGGCGUGGGACGGUCACGACUUAUGAGUGGAUAGAUGAUAUUGUGGGUGCAAAGCCAGUACCAGCUGACCCAUUGCUCCCUAGUACAAACACUACUACUAAUGCAGAUGAAGGGCUCACAGGUACAGCUACACCACAAGUUAUGGGUGGAUGGCUUAUGAUGUACAAUACAAGUGACCCAAACUCAAAGUUUAACAAAUCAAGUGCCAGAAUUCAACUCUCCGAACGAAUCAAAGAAUUACUCGCUACGUACAAGGACGAGAAAGUAAGCAUAGUAUGUGCAGGACAUAGUCUUGGUGCCUGUUUAGCAGUUUUAUCGGCUGUCGACAUUGCUAGAAAUAUCGUGACACCUGAUAUCCACGUGUCGGCUUUCAUUUUUGCCUGUCCACAAGUCGGGAAUCAAGCAUUUAAAGACAAAAUCGAAGAACUGCCUAAUCUUAACAUACUAAGGGUAAAGAAUGAUCCAGACAUUAUUCCAUUUUGGCCAAGUAAGAUAACUAAAUGGAUUGAUGAUAACCAUUGGGUGAGUAUACCAAGUGAAUUGCUAGUGUAUAUUGAUGUUGGUAUCGAGAUUUUAAUCGACACCAAAAAAUCGCCAUACUUGAAAGAUGAAAGCCGGUUGAAUGGCAUGCUUCAUCCAUUGGUUUUUCAUAACUUGCAAGGUAUGUUGCAUAUUUUAAGUGGUUGGAAUGGGAUGGAUGGUGAGUUUGAUUGGAGUUUAAUGAAGAGAGGUUUAGGAUGGGUGAAUAUGUCAACUGAUUUUUUGAAAAAAGAGUUUGAAAUACCAGUGAAUUGGUGGGGUGAGAAAAACAGUGGAAUGGUGCUUAAUGAAAAUGGUGAUUGGGUUUUAUCACCAUUGGAUCCUAAUGAUCAUGAUAUACCGGUGUAAGGGCGGUAUUGUCCCAGACUUAUCGGGUUCAAACAGGUGUUGUCUGGACCCGAUUUCGGGAAGAAUUACUAUCGUAAUUAAGGACAAUAAUUUGGUGGUAAUCUUACGUUAGAAAAAAAAUAAGGUGUUUGGUGUUUAGCUAAAGUGUGAGUAGGCAAACCCAAACAAAACCAUGAUUGUAAUAAAUUUUUAAAAGUUAUGUUGUAACAGUUUAAUUAUGCCUUAUUUCAGUUUGAUGUAUACUGAUUCAUACUACAUACUAGUUUCAAUAUUUGUGCGA